CUGAAGUUCAGUAGAUCCCAACUUUCACAAGUCUCAUGGGCGCCCGCAGCACCCGGUUCCAGGAAAGGCAAUUUCGCCACAUCAAGCUCAGCCUUCACGCGCACGUUCAACCACCACCGAGCCUCGGACGCCCAGAACUUGUCUUCUGACCUCCUCGACCUCUCUCUGCUGUUGCUAGACUUUGCUGGAAUUGCGACCAAGAAAGGAGCAUAUUGCGAGACCUUCGUAACUGUACAACGUGCACGGGUCCUCUAAAUCUGGAGCAUUCAACUUGGGCCACUUGGAAUCGAGCGUAUGGGCAGACUCAACUUCGAAGUCGACGACGCUGAGCUAUUGAAGGCAUACGGAGUCUCUUCUCUUUCUCCACAGAAGUGGGAAGAGAUAGACCACGAGAAGGAUGAAUCUCUGGCUGGCUCUUUGACAGGCAGCGGGGAUGGCGAGACCGACCCUCUUGGCUUGGGCGCCGUAGUCGAUUUACGGAAUAUGGACUUGGAUACCAAGGCGGCCAUUUUGAUAUCGUCCAAGUCGUUCAACCCUAAGGCAUUCCUGUCUGCCGUACAUCCUAACGCAACGUAUCAAGACCUCGCAUCAGGCAUUACAAACCUGCGAGCUUCCAUAGAUUCACGUUCAGAGGCUGUGCGGGUACUUGUGGAAGAGAACUUCGAUAGAUUCGUCGCCGUCAAGGCAUCUACAGAUGCAUUGUAUGCGGAAAUGCAGGAAGGACUACUAACAGAACAAGCUGAGUUUGCUUCAAAGCCGCUGAAGGAUCAUAUCAAACAGGCUGCUCAGAAGGCAGACCAAGUUUUCCUGCCCAUCCUCGAGAAUGCACUCAAGGCGCAGAAAUUGCGAACCACCUUAGGCGUUUUCGAUCGAUCGAAGUUCUUUUUCAGCUUACCAGGCUCGCUGGUUGAAUCUAUUGAGGCGGGACGUUAUGAAGCUGUGAUGCGUGAUUACAAGAAAGGCAAAUUUUUACUUGAAUCGCGGCCGGGACAGUUGCUACCCACAGGUUCUGCGAAAGAUGGGCAGUCCCUUGCGAACGCGGAGACACAGCAGAAACGGAUCUUGAACAAGGUUUGGGGUACAGUGGAGAAGAUCAUGGGCGAGAUGAGGAGUCAACUGCUUUCUAAGCUGCAAGAGCCUAUCCGGAGCAUCGAGGAGCAAGAGAAGACAAUUGAGAUACUUCUCGAACUGAACCCUACAGAUGACCCCGUUUGGACGUACUUCGAUGCGCAGCACAAAUAUAUUCUCCAGCACAUGCAAGAGACAUAUAAUGCAGCCGUGGACGCUAUCAGAUCGAUCCAUGAGAAAUCUCAGCCUACAUUGAAGGGUCCGGACGCCUUACCGGCCCUUCUAUCUGUCCAGUUGCAAACAUGUGUGGUAGCCAUAGAGGCGAAGCAGGGAGACGUUGUCCUCGCGCAAGCAGGGGGGAAUGAUGUUUGGCAAGCCGUUCUCACGAUGGUGAAGAAUGUCUCGGAGGUGAUGUUGUCAUCGUUGCCGAACUUCUGGAGAAUUGCAAAGGCGUUUUUGGAAGGCAAACUGAAGAAGAGCGCGGGCAGCACCUCGCGACGCAGUCCCACGCAGUGUCGAACCAUGGCACUGGACAUCGUCAAACUCUAUAUCUCACUUCUAUCAGAGUUCUUCAUGUUCUCUGAUAGCAUUAUGUCGUCCCCCCCGAAUACUACGAUUGACACGACCCCACCAUUAUUACCACGAAACUCUAACGCGCUGACAACCGGCCAUCAACUCAUGAAGAUCAUCGGCGAAAUUCAGGACAGCGUUAACGACAUUAACGGCAUGGAGAUAUCAAGUGAAGCCAGCUCUAGCCUCAAGGGCCUUCUAGAGAGCGCACGGUGGAAGUUCGAAGACAUUCUGACACACGCAUGGAUCAGAGAUGCCAAUAUCUUCUAUUACCUCGAGGACUGGAUAGGCUCUACAAUUGAUCCAUACACGACGGUCUACCUAUCGAAGCUGCGUGUUUUCCAGAGAGAAAUGACGGCAUGUGCGUUCAAGCUCGCCGGCGGAGCUGACCUUUCAUCCUCAACCACGACAACCACGACAACCACUUCACGCUUGGCGAAGCGGAAGGCGAUCGCGCCCGGUUUCACGAACAAGAUUACCAAGGCUUUCCUUGACUCCCUAUUUGCCGUGCUUGAUGGCCUUGUCUACCUCGCAUCUGAUGAGUCAGCGGCAGCGAACAACGCCCAACCUGCGAUGGCCGAUCUGACAGGACUGGCCAGGAAUAACCCACUGGAACUUGUCAAUAUCCAGGACACAAACAACCGGCUGCUCUUAGUGGUCUCGAACAUAGAUCACCUGAAGCGUUCGCUCAUUCCGAGCAUGGCCGGUGAAUUGGGCAAUACACUCGGUAUAUCGAUAGAAGAAGAUAAACGUACCCUUAUGGCUAUCGUCCAGGAGUUGUACAACACUCUGUUCGAGAGCUAUAUCAAGCCAAAAGCCGGCGCCCUCAUGGGCAUGGUGAGAAACGGCGUCUUGGAUCCUCAGAUGGACUGGUAUGAAACGCCGCAACCAAGAGAAAUUCGUCCAUAUGUAUACGAGAUCCUGAUGUUCCUUGUGGGCGCGCACGCGCAAGUCAGCUCCGUGGCCGCGCCCCUUUUGGAGAGCACCCUAAAUUCACUUGUCGAAGACGUUGCCGAGGAAGCCCUGCGUUGUUUCCGACAAGUAAAGCGUUUCGGCAUGGGCGGCAUGCUUCGGGCAACGUUAGAGAUUGAAUUUCUCCAUCAAACACUCUCGCGCUACGUCACGCCGUCCGCUGACCAAACACUCUCCGAUCUCUACACAAAGAUCUCUCAGGCAUAUGCACGCCGGCCCGGAGACGAGAAUUUGCAAGCCCACCUUGAUGGCGUCAAGAAGACGUUGGCGGAUACCCGCCGGGCCACCGGAAUCGAAUUCUUGUGCUUCAGGCAGACGAAGGAGAAAUCGAAAGACAAGAGUGUUUCUGGGGGCAUGAAGAGCAAAGAAAAAGUCCGGGAGAAGGCUUCUUGACUUGUGUCUUGGAUUUGUUUUUUUUUGCUGUUGGAUUGGGUUUAGAAUGCUCAUAGGCUACCUGCAUGCAUGUGCGGUUUUCGAAGCUGAAGGUAAACUUGCUAGUAUUAUUGUACAUGAUGAGCGGUGACAACCUGGCUGUAACAUAAUGCACGUAUGCAACAUAAUGAUACAAUUGACAGCAUCCAGGGUACAAUCAGGAAAACA